UAAUGCACUUCUUCACAACCCACCACAACCUACUGUGAUUCUCAUUUGCCACAUUACACCACUUUAUACAUUCAUUCCUUUAGGAUAAAAAAUUAAAAAAAAAAAUGGGUGUCACUACUUAUACCCAAGAGUUCACCACCUCAGUAGCAGCCAACAGAAUGUUCAAGGCUUUGAUGCUUGACUCUCAUAAUCUCAUCCCUAAGCUUCUCCCUCAAUCCAUCAAGAGCAUCGAAUACAUUCAAGGUGAUGGUGGUGCUGGAAGUAUCAAGCAAACCAACUUCCCUGAAGGAAGUCCAAUGAAGUGUUUGAAGCACAAGAUUGAUUUACUUGAUGUUGAGAACUAUAAGUGCAAGUACACUGUGAUUGAAGGGGAUGCAUUGGAUGACAAGUUGGAAUCUCUCUCUUAUGAGGUUAAGUUUGAGCCUACUGGUAAUGGAUGCGAGACUAAGGUGACAAGCAUAAGCUAUUAUCAUGCCAAGGGUGGCAUUGAGCUCAAAGAAGAGGAAAUGGCAGCCGGAAAGGACAAGGGCAUGGGAAUGUUCAAGGUUGUCGAAGACUAUCUGAUCGCAAACCCAGAUGUCUACGCUUGAAUCAAAAUUUGCUUCAGUUAAAUUACUUCACUAUUAUCUAUUAGUGUGUUGUAAUUGAAGGUGUGAAUUUUUGGUUUCUUUUUUGAAGAGUUACCUUUAGCAUGAGAAUAAAGGGUGUUUUGAGAAGAUGCUUAAAAGUUAUUUUUUGACUUUUUUUUAAUUUUUUUGUGAGAGAGUGAAGUGGAUUAAAAAUUAGAAAGUGACUUUUAAUUUACUUUCCAAAAUAAGUGUUUAGCAAGUCUCUUAUUUUAAUGUUGGAUAUUGAGUGUACUAGAAUUGAAGCAUGUAAAACCAAAAUGAAUAAAAUAAGAAGUUUAAUACUCUUA